CUCCGGGUUCCUGGCGGAGAAGAUGGCGACUCCUGGACCGGGGGAGUAUUUUAGCAUCGGAAGCCAUGUCUCCUGCCUUACCUGCUUAGGGCAGCGCUUGCAAGGAGAGGUCAUCGCUUUUGACUACCAGACCAAGAUGCUGACUUUGAAGUGCACGCCGUCCAGUGGUAAGCCCAACCUCAGCGACGUGGUUCUAGUCAAUUUAGCCUACGUGUCGGACGUGGACGUCAUCACCGACUGUACCGGGACCCCUCCCCCGCUGGCGUCUCUUAAUUUUAACAAGCUCACGAACAGAGCUCGCGCAGAGAAGGAAGACAAGCUGUCCCAGGCUUAUGCCAUCAGCGCUGGAGUCUCGCCGGAGGGCCAGCAGCUUUUCCAGACUAUUCAUAAAACCAUCAAAGAAUGCAAGUGGCAGGAGAAGAACAUCGUGGUGAUGGACGACGUUGUCAUCACUCCUCCAUACCGGGUAGACAACUGCAGGGGCAAGGAAGGAAGUGCUUUAGGGCACGUCCGGAAAAUAGUGGAGAAACACUUGCGUGACUUAGAGAGCCAGAAGUCCGUGCAGCGAGCGCAGCAAACACAGAAGGACUCUGCCUUGUCGGCAUGAGCGCGAGCCUUGCGCGAAUGCUGCCGGCAGGCUUUGGGGUUCCCUUUGGUUUCAGGGUUUUAUUUUCAAGCCGCUGCCCGACCCAGGCUGAAGUUGACGCAGCCCACGUGGUGCACGCACGAUCCUAGAAGUCAGGAGAGGGAAUAAAAACAGCCACUGAGCGUGAAAGAGAGGGCAGAGUAAAAGCCCUGGGUUUUUAUUUUAUCCAUAAGAAAUAAUUCAACGUGCAGAACUUUGUGACCACCAUUUCAUUUACACCUGGCAUCAAACAUGUGUUCUCCCUGUCCAUAGGCUCUCUGAGGGCUUACCGACACUUACACGCCCCAUAUGUACAAAGAAACGUCAUGGUGCAUAAGCCUGAUCAGUGAAAGUCGCGUUCAGUGUUCUGCUACAUCUUAUCCUCCAACUUUUAUUUUCCUUUUUAAACGACAUGACUUGAAAGGUACUUGAGAAAACUAUUAAGUUAUAAAAGAUUUUGGCUCGAUUACUGUAAACCAGUCUAGGUGGAACGAGUGGUUUAUUUUUCUAACAGUCGGUGAAAGUGAUGCGAAUGCUGUGUGUGAGUGUAAGAUCGCGUGCAUGCACGUGAGAGUGAGUGAGCGAGCGAAGGUUCAGGAGCUGUGAAGCUGCACUUGCCAGGAGAUGGUUUUAGACUCCAUAUCCUCUGGCCUAACAUUAGGUGCUGGACAAAAGUGUUUUGUCAUCUCAAAAGAAGAAUCAGGUUUCUUAUGUCAUAGACCAUCACAAUUUUCUUCCCAGUUCGUCUGUUCUUUUGUUUUGUUUUGUUUUUUUUAACCCAAUUUUUUUUUGUUCAUACAAAACGUAUUUUAGUGUAUUAUACUGUCAUCUCUGAGAAACUCGGAGACAUCCAUUUCCUGAAAGUGGCAGUAGAACUAUUAUAACGGUC